AUGGCAGUUCUGAAAACCUGUGAUAUGGGCUUGCUGAUGGGCUGCCCAGUGUUGAACAACAUUUUAGCCAGGAUGUCUGCAGAGUUUCAACAUGUGUUUAGACUUGGUGGACAAGGAACAAGCAACGGCAGGAAGCAGACUGAAGCUGCAGAACUUGACAUCAAGUGUAAGGAUGGAUACAGUCAUGAUCAUCUGGAUGAGGACAUACCCAGGAAGAAAACCAGACUGAGUGACAGCGUCUCUGGUUGUAGAGAUUUUACCCAGUGUUCAGGCCAUUGUGACCAGACACUGAUCAGCACAGGGCAGCUGUGUACAGAUGCUGAAGCAGUCACUGAACUGAAGGAUCAGGUUGUUGAAGAUGAAACUAGAAAUCCUUCAGGGAAUAGUCCACCAGAAACCACGCAGGAGGAACCUAUAGCUCCACCUCCUAGAAUACAUUCACAGGUGAUAGAAGACAUUGCCCAGUGUUCUUGUCCGUCAGUGGAGAUGUUUCAGUCAGUGUAUAUGGAACCAGGUCUCCCAGUUGUUAUUACAGAUGCCAUUAGCUAUUGGCCAGCGUUGACCACAAGGCGUUGGUCAGUUGACUACCUGCGGUUAGUGGCUGGAUUUCGGACAGUUCCUGUGGAACUGGGAACCCGAUACACGGAAGAUUCUUGGACACAGAAGCUGAUGACUGUCAAUGAGUUGAUUGACACUUAUAUAACAGCUCCUCACGCUAGUACCAAAGCUUACCUGGCACAGCACCAACUCUUUGACCAGGUUUGGGAACUCAGGGAUGACAUCAGUGUCCCCGUGUACUGCUGUCUGGGCCAGGAUCAAGAUGUGGACAUCAAUGCCUGGUUUGGGCCAGCAGGCACAGUCUCCCCACUGCAUCAGGAUCCCAAGCACAACUUCCUGUGUCAGGUUAUGGGCAGGAAGUACGUCAGACUCUACUCUCCUCACCACACAGAUUGCCUGCAUCCCUACCCAUCACGUCUGCUACACAACACCAGCCAGAUUGAUCUUGAUUGUCCUGACUUGAACCAGUUCCCUAAGUUUACCUCCGUUCCGGGUCUGGAGUAUGUCCUGACCCCUGGGGACAUGUUAUACAUCCCUCCAGGCUACUGGCAUUACCUCAAGUCUUUGUCGGUUAGCUUCUCUGUCAGCUUUUGGUGGCAGUGA